UUUUAGAACCCUCAAAAAUAGAAGAUAUUACACCACCUAUACAACACAACCAGUCUAUAGAUGAUUAUUUCAAUCAAAUAAAGACGUAUGCUACAGAAUUGGGUGUGAGCUUAGAUAACCAAGACCUUAAGGUAAAAUUCUUCAACGGUUUAUCGCCAGAAAAUAAAAAAGAUAUGAUCCGGUUUGGAUUUAAAGAACCUCUGAAAAAAAUAGUCGAGCACUUGAAUAGAAUCUCAGCUGGACCUACCGAUAUGCAGAAGUUUUGA